CUCGAGACCCGGCGCCCGGCGCCAUAGUGACCGUAGCCCUGGAGACUGUUACUUGCCAACGGCGGCAACGCGCGGCCCCGGCGGCCGGAGCCCAGCGCAGCCCGCGGCACCCGGCGGGGACGGCAGCAGUGAGCAUGCAGAGUCCAGAGGGUGGAUCAGACUCAGCAGCUUCUGUGGCUCUUCACACGUCGGCCCCAGCGCAGGCACCAGUGGUGCAGCCAGUGCCAGCCUCGCAGCAGAGGGUUUUGGUCCAAGCCACAGGCUCCGCUCCCAAAGGGGCUCAGAUGCAGCAAAUCUCUGUUCCCAGAGUCCAGCAGGUUCCACAGCAGGUGCAGUCUGUGCAGCACAUUUAUCCAGCCCAGGUGCAGUAUGUGGAAGGAGGAGAAGCUGUUUACACCAAUGGAACCAUACGAGCUGCCUACUCCUACAGCAGCGAGGCGCAGAUUUACGCCCCCGCCGGCGCCGCGCCCUAUUUCGAAGCGCAGGGAGGAGGUGGAGCUCAGGUGACUACAGCGACAUCCUCUCCUACAGCCAUUCCCUCUCACAACAUGGUGGGCAUCACCAUGGACAUUGGGGGAAGUCAGAUCCUCUCCGGCUCGGGAGCCUAUCUCAUUCAUGGGGGGCUGGAGAACUCUAGACAUUCUCUGUCACACACCUCACGCUCCUCUCCAGCAACGCUUGAAAUGGCGAUUGAAAACCUACAAAAAAAUGAAGGGAUUACAUCACACAAAAGCAGUUUGCUCAACAGCCAUCUGCAGUGGCUGCUGGAUAACUACGAGACAGCAGAAGGAGUGAGCCUGCCCCGGAGCUCCCUGUACAACCAUUACCUGAGGCACUGCCAGGAGCACAAGCUGGACCCCGUCAACGCCGCCUCCUUCGGCAAACUCAUCCGCUCCGUCUUCAUGGGGCUGAGGACUCGGCGCCUGGGCACCAGGGGAAAUUCCAAAUAUCACUACUACGGGAUCCGCCUGAAGCCGGAGUCGCCGCUGAACCGCCUGCAGGAGGACACGCAGUACAUGGCCAUGAGGCAGCAGCCCAUCCACCAGAAGCAAAGGUACAGAGCAGCCCAGAAGAUGGAUGGGAUGGCAGAGGGUGCCUCCAACAGCAACCCCCACACCACCCCCGAGCAGUCAGUGGCUGCUCAGUGCCAGCACCACCAGCAGUUCAUAGAUGUAACCCAUGUCUUUCCUGAGUUCCCAGCCCCUGAUCUCAGUAAUGUCCUCUUACAAGAAGGUUUCACCUUGAACGACGUGAAAACCCUGCAGGUUCUCUACAGGAGGCACUGUGAGGCCACUUUGGAUGUGGUGAUGCACCUCCAGUUCCACUACAUCGAGAAGCUGUGGCAAUCCUUCUGGAGUCCCAAGGCACCCCCUAGUGAUGGCCCCACUGCUCUGCCUUCCAGUGAAGAGGAACCCGAAGGGACGCUCCCAAAGGACAAACUGAUCACCCUGUGCAAGUACGAGCCCAUCCUCAAGUGGAUGAGGAGCUGUGACCACAUCUUGUACCAGGCCCUGGUGGAGAUCCUCAUCCCUGACGUGCUCAGGCCAGUGCCCAGCACGCUGACCCAGGCGAUCCGGAACUUUGCCAAGAGCUUGGAAGGGUGGCUGAUGAAUGCCAUGAGUGAAUUCCCCCCCCAGGUCGUGCAGACCAAGGUGGGGGUGGUGAGUGCCUUUGCCCAGACCCUGCGCAGGUACACGUCCCUGAACCACCUGGCGCAGGCGGCGCGCGCCGUGCUGCAGAACACGUCCCAGAUCAACCAGAUGCUCAGCGACCUCAACCGCGUGGACUUCGCCAACGUGCAGGAGCAGGCCUCGUGGGUGUGCCAGUGUGAGGAGGGCAUGGUACAGAAGCUGGAGCAGGAUUUCAAGCUGACUCUGCAGCAGCAGAGCUCUCUGGACCAGUGGGCCAGCUGGCUGGACAAUGUGGUCACUCAAGUGCUGAAGCACCACGAGGGCAGCCCCAGCUUCCCCAAGGCAGCCAGGCAGUUCCUGUUGAAGUGGUCCUUCUACAGCUCCAUGGUGAUCCGUGACCUCACCCUGCGCAGCGCCGCCAGCUUUGGCUCCUUCCACCUGAUCCGCCUGCUCUACGACGAGUACAUGUUCUACCUGGUGGAGCAUCGAGUGGCCCAGGCCACAGGGGAGACCCCAAUUGCUGUCAUGGGAGAGUUUGGUGACCUCACAUCCCUGUCCCCGACUCUGCUGGACAAAGAUGACAUCGGCGAGCUGGGCACGGAGGUGGAGCCGGAGCGGGCGCUGGGGGAGCCGCUGGUGAAACGGGAGCGCAGCGAGCCCGGCCACUCCCUGCAGGACAUCUGACAGCGGGACUGCCCCGAGCCAGGCGGGGCUGCCCCGGCUGCGCCUCCCGGAGCUGCGUUAUUAUAGUGCCUCUUAGUUUCUCUUUAUGUUUACUCGUGUUUGAGGAUGGGCUGAGCCGGUUUGGCUGCCAGUGCCCCUCCAGAGUGGAGGGAGAAGCUCCAGAGUCUGCUCCCAAGGGAUGGAAGGCUCUGUGGUCAGCACGGGUGGGAUGUGCUUGGCUGGAGGAGCUGGCCUGGCUCUCCAGCCUGAGCGAGGCUUUGGCAGGGAAGGUGCUUUGGGUUCCUUCCCCACGUCUCAGACUUCACUGUGAUACAAACUUGAACCAAUCAGUGCCCAAGAAGAAGGAAAAAUACCCGGCCCUUCUCCUGCAGCCUUUCCAGAGGAGCUUUUCCUGGCUCUGGCUUUGCCAAAUCCCUUGCCCCGGGGAGCUCAGGGCAGUUGUGUCCCCUGUCCCCCUGGGGAGAGGCUCCAGGCUGCACAUCCCGGCGGGCACAGCCGUGCUCUGGGACUAUGGGAUGGGCAUUCCCACCUGCUUCCACGUCUCCCCAGCUUGGCACUUCACCCCAAUGCUCCUGGGAUGCCAUCAGGCCAACUCAAGAUACCAAAGGACUCGAGGCAGUGGCAGCUGGAGGCAGAGCUGUUUGUGUUCCCAGUGCCGUGAUGCCUGGGGGCAAUCCCAUGGCAAUCCUGUGAUUAUCCCGUGGCAAUCCCGUGGCAAUCCCCAUCCUCCACGAUGCCCAGGCAGAUGGGAACUGGUCCCACAUCCUGGGUGAAAUGAACCGGGCUUUUGCCUUUAUUAAUGUUCAGCUCUUUAUUAAAAGAUCAGCUGGGCAGGGGGCUCAACACGGAGCCCACCCCUGCUGUUGGAGCUUUUUCCAGGGGGGAGAAGGGGUGUUUGUCCCUGAAGUCUUUGUGGCACACUGAAGGGUGAAGAGGUGUCCAGAUUGUAGCUGAAGUCCCAAACAGAUCAGCAACUGUCCCCUCUUUUUCCCUCGUGGCACACUGGUAGCCCAAGGGUGCAGAGGUGUGCAGCCUGCUGUGCCCUCUCCUUUCCUCCUGCUAACACCAGGAACGGCUGCCCCUUUAUUCCCACAGCCCAGUCCGGUCCCCUGCAGGCUCUGGUGACAGGUCAGACACAGACUGAGGAUGGGGUUCCCUUUUCCCCAACCAGCACACCCAUCCAGCCCCCUCCGCUGUGCCCAGCCCCCCAUUUAGGGGUGUUUUCAUCCCCAAAACCCCCUCCCACCAUUCCACAGGUCUAUUUGCAUCCCAGUCCUAGAAUGGCAGUGUGGCUGGGGGGAUGUAGGUGAUCCCCAGGUUUAGAAAAAACAAACAGAGCAAUUAGCUAAUUAACAUUUCACUAUCAGUACUUAGCUCAAGCCAGCAGUGUCCCAGUAUUGCCAUGGGAACCAGGAAGGUUUUUUUGUUCAUUACGUUGGGGUUUGUGAAAUUCCCACCCCACGUCCUGCUCUGGAGGGGCUGGAGCAGGGCGAGGGUGUGACCACAGUGCCUUAGGGUGGGCCUUGUUCCCAUUUCCCCAGCUCUGGGUGGGCUGGCACAGACCCCACAGGGGUCAGCACUCCCUCUCUGCAUCCUUUGGCUCCCCUGGGGCUGAGCUGGGGGGGCUCUGCAGGGUUUUUCCCCCUCCCCAUGUCCUGUGGGGUCUGUGCUGACAUGGAUUGCCCUGGGAUGCUCUGGGCUGCACUGGGGUGCUGUGGGCUGCAGGGCAGAGGAGAGGGGGGAUCUGUCAUCCAGCUAGACUGCAAAACAAAGCCCUGGGGCAAAUGUCUCUGUGAAUAAAGGCCGUGUCAUAAAUA